ACAUCAUGUCCCUUCCUUCCACCGACUUCUGGGAGCCGACUUGCCAGAUUGCAUGUGUCUGCGCUUCGACGACGUUACAGGCGCCUGGAUCAUGGUGGUGGCUGAUGGCCACGGCCGAUAUGGGCACCUUGUGGCCUCGGAGAUCUGCAAAGUUCUGCCGAACAUGCUGGUCAAGGCCUUGGACGAGGCACAGGCCCAGCAAGCAAUCAAAAAGGCGUUCAGCGAAGCAGAGGUGCGACUUGAAGCAGCUGCUCAAGAUCAGGGCUUCGACCUUUCCAAGUCAGGAGCAGCUGUCGCGGCUGCCUUGCUGACUCCGGAGGGCGUGGUGCACUUGGCCUCCUGUGGAGAUGCCCAAGCCGUGGUCGUGGAUGUCCGGACCGGCAAUAUUGCAGCCAGUCGGCUGCAUAAGGCCCAUGACAGCAGAGAGCAGCAGCGAAUUCUGGCAGCAGGCGGGUCCAUCAAGGUUGAGCGACCGCGAUGUCGCAACACGGUCGCUUCGCGGGUCUACGGCCGCUCACCCUUUGGGCUCGCAAUGAGCAGAUCCUUUGGCGACCUUUGCGUCAAGGCAUUUGGUGUCAUCGCUGAGCCCUCCCUGGUCACUGGCCGCGUCAGUGAUGAGGCAUGCCUGAUCCUCGGCAGCGACGGCUUGUUCGAAUUCCUGGCCCCUGUGGAGGCGCUGACGAUCCUGCGGCGGCGCGCUUGCUCCAGCGACUCGUUGGCUUUGGCAUUGGUCAAAGAGGCCCAGGCACGAUGGGAGCGAAACGAGGCUGGCCUCUACUGCGACGAUGUCAGCUGCUUGCUGCUGUGCCCUCGCGGCAGCUUGGAGAAGGUGGUUGCCAAGCUGCCCAUCCAGCCGCCGUCGCUACUGGUCAAUCCAUUCGGUGCUGAAUCCUAUGAUGGCCCUGUCGGCGCAUACUAGAAAAUUCAUAAUCUGGC